AUGGUUUUUUAUUCAGCUUGUGAGACGCUUAUCUCGCAAAAUAUUACACCGGGGUUUCUCUCGAUUAAUAAGAAGAAUACAGGCAUGGAGAAUCCUCUUUUUAAGACACGAACAUUGGAUUCGCUUAAAUUUCCGUACCGAUCGCGUUCUCUUCCUCUUAAAGGCUCGGAUUCUCCACGCCAACGGAUUGACGUGGCAUGUCAACGAUGUAGACGACGAAAAAUACGUUGUUCUGGCGACCAGGGGCGUCCGGAUGGGAAAUGUACUCAUUGUAUUAAAGCAAAUUAUCCAUGUGAGUUUGUUAGUCGAAUCCAUCCGCCGAUCCAAAUACCGCCUAUUUUGAUUGCAGCUUCACCACAGUCUCCAAAUACUGUUGAAUCGCCGCAACCGUUUAUGAAUACGAUGUCGCAGUUUCCUGGGAUGGUUUCACCUAAUUUAUCUAAUUUUGGGUUACAUGAAACCCCCUGGUCAAGCAAUGAUCCAUCAUCAGUGACGCUUACGGGUAAACAUCCAGUUAAUCAAUCGAUUUAUGUUCAAGAUGCAUAUGGAGUAUCAGAUGGUCCUCCUGGUCCUCCAUAUUCAUCUCCGUUUUCCCGUACAGCACCGCCGUUGAUGGGGUUGCAUUCUUAUUUAACAACUAAAGAUCCAUCAAUAGAUAUGUGGGCAUCGGAAAGUUUGUGCACACCAUUGCAUGACCCAUCUCCAUCAGUAGUGGAAAAUGAUAUUGAUUUAGGAUUAGGUAUUUCUGACCAAUAUUUAACAAUGCCUCAUAGUGGGUCUCUUUCAGAGAUUCCAUUAUCCUUUGAUUUACAAACGUCGCAGUUCUGGUCAAAUAAUGCUCUUUCUCAAUUUGCAUGGACUUCUGACUACAACAAAGAUACAUCUUUUGAUUCAGUUCCUGUAUUGUCAAGUUCAUAUGAUGCAUCUUCUGAUUCUGCCUGGGAUUCACAAAGUCCUAUUACGGAUUUGUUCCCGAAUAAUACCAUUGAUGUACCUUCCUUGGAUGGCAUGUUUUGUUUUAUAAAGGAUUUAAGCCCUACACCGGUCCUACAAGAAGACAAUUCGUCGGUUGUAUAA